AUGGUAGUUGCAAUCACGAAGUACUUUGACUGGACACUGGACCUACUGGACGUGGUGACAGCUUUGCUAUGCGGAGAGAUGAAGGAAAAGGUAUUCUGCGCGAUCCCAGAAGGGGUCGAAGUUGAUGAAGACUUUGACUGCUUCGAAUUGUUGAAGGCGAUCUACGGACUAAAACAAGCAUCGCGCGCAAGGAAUGAGACUUUCCAUGAGUUCGUCUGCUCCAUUGGAUUUCAAGUAUCCGAUUUUGACCCGUGUCUUUAUCUCAAGAUUACAAGUGGCGAGUGCGUGCUUUUGCUGGUAUACGUCGAUGAUGUGUUGGUGACUGGCAGCUCGACCGAACUGAUUAUGCGUACCAAGAGUGACUUGAAGGCGCGUUUCGGAAAUGACUGA